AUGUUUACACCCCAUUUGUCAGAUAGUCUUACUGAGACUCGGCAUAUUAUCUGGAUUAUUAUUGCUGGAAUUGUUAUUCUUGUCUUCUCAGGCGCAGUCCAAGCAGCUUUGUUGCCAUCGUCCUCACAGCUCCCCAAGAGUAUACCGGUAUUCGGAGUUGAAACAGACCAAUGGCUUUUCCCCAAAGCGCGCGCCCGCUGGCGUAACACUCUGGGGCUGAAGACCACCCUGGCGUCCAUGUAUAAGUCCCAGAAGCAUACCUACACGAUCCUACCCGUACUUGGACUGGGUGAUCUUGUUUUUCUACCUAUUCAAGAAACACAAUGGCUUGCCGACCAGCCCAAUUCGGCUGUUAAUGCCCACGAACUCUUCGCAGACUUUUUAGAGACAGACCAAACUAUUCCCGGAUCUAAGCUUGCACAUGACAGCCUACAUGUACAUCUGAUUUCAACAAAACUGACGCGGGAAACGGGAAAUUUGAUCCCAAUCAUGUACGAUGAGACUCGUCGCAGCGUUGACGAGCUGUGGGGAUUAGACAGUGACGAAUGGAAGGAGAUCGACGCGAUGCCGACGGUGCAGCACAUAAUUGCCCAAGUUGUUGGCCGCGUGUUUUUCGGAGCUCCAUUGUGCCGAAACAAAAGGCUACAAGAUUCAAGCCUUGCAUUCACUCAGGAUGUCCCGCUGUCUGCCAUGUUGCUCCGGCUGACAUGGAGGCCACUACGACCAAUCUUGGCCCCAAUCCUGACGAUUCCGAAUAGGAUACACCUGGCACAGUUCUAUGGAAUCCUGAAGACAGAGCUGGCACGCCGACUGUCUCUUUACGACUUACGCCAAAAGGGCCACGAAACAGAUAUUGAAGAGCCCAACGAUUUUCUUCAGUGGUCCAUUCAGCAAGCCAAGAUGCUAGAUGAUCCACAACACUCCCAACCCUACGCACUUGCUCGCCGUCUGAUGAUAGUCAAUUUCUCCAGCAUCCACACUAGCUCCCUCGUUAUUAUGAAUGCUCUUAAUGAUAUGACCAAGAACCCAGAGCACAUUGACGAGCUUGUGCGUGAGAUCACCGAGGUCCUCGCCCACCACGGGGGGUGUUGGAGCAGGGGUGCCGUUGCCGAUCUGACGAAAUUGGAUUCCGCUAUGCGCGAGUCUCAACGACUGAACAACGGCAACUUCAUUACAGUCGUCCGCAAAGUGGUCCAACCAGAUGGUAUCACCACUCCUACUGGAUUACAUCUCCCUUAUGGCACUAUUCUGGGCGUUCCUGGUUACGGUAUGCAUCACGAUGAGGACAUCUACCCCAAUUCGAACGACUAUAAUCCAUUUCGAUUCAGCGAGAUAGUUAAUGGCCAGUCGGAGAAGUCUUCAGGAAGAAGAACCAAGCAUAGUUGGGUUACAACUAGUCCCGAGUAUACGCCAUUCGGCCACGGUCGAUAUGCGUGUCCGGGCCGUUUCUUUGCUUCAACAGAGCUUAAGAUUUUACUGGCAUACUUAAUCUUUAACUAUGAUAUUCUGCCGUUGGCCCCACCGCCACAAAACCUAUGGCGAGUAGCAUCUCAGGUCGCUGGGCUAAAGCCUCGCUUCCGAGUUCGUCGAAAGAAGAGUGGAUGA